AUGGGAAAGAGUCCUCUGGAGAACAAUGAGGUGGAGUUUGUUCGAACUGGCUAUGGGAAAGAAAUGGUAAAAGUUCUUCAUAUUCAACGAGAUGGAAAAUACCAUACCAUUAAAGAGGUGGCAACUUCAGUGCAACUUACCCUGAGGUCCAAAAAAGAUUACCUGCAUGGAGAUAAUUCAGAUAUCGUCCCUACAGACACCAUCAAGAAUACAGUUCAUGUUUUGGCCAAGUUCAAAGGGAUUAAAAGCAUAGAAACCUUUGCUGUGAACAUAUGUCAGCAUUUCCUUUCUUCUUUUCACCAUGUCAUCCGAGUUCAUGUCUACAUUGAGGAAGUUCCUUGGAAGCGUUUUGAAAAGAAUGGAGCUAAACAUGUCCAUGCAUUUAUUCACACUCCCACUGGAACACACUUCUGUGAGGUGGAGCAGAUGAGGAGUGAACCUCCAGUCAUUCAUUCUGGUAUCAAAGACCUCAAAGUUUUGAAAACAACGCAGUCUGGAUUCGAGGGAUUCAUCAAGGACCAGUUUACCACCCUCCCCGAAGUGAAGGACCGGUGUUUUGCUACCCAAGUGUACUGCAAGUGGCACUAUCACCCUGGAAGAGAUGUGGAUUUUGAAACUACUUGGCACACUGUUCGAGAUAUUAUCCUGGAAAAAUUUGCUGGGCCCUAUGACAAAGGCGAGUACUCGCCCUCUGUCCAGAAGACCCUCUAUGACACACAGGUGCUCUCCCUGAGGCGGGUUCCUGAGAUAGAAGACAUGGAAAUCAGCCUGCCAAACAUUCACUACUUCAACAUAGACAUGUCCAAAAUGGGACUGAUCAACAAAGAAGAGGUCUUGCUGCCAUUAGACAAUCCAUAUGGCAAAAUUACUGGUACAGUCAAGAGGAAGCUGUCUUCAAAGCUGUGACACUGUGACCCCCGAUAGUAGUCCACUGUAGCUGAGGGAUUCUUUAAGUUAUUUGUGAUGCUGGAAAUUAUAAUGUAUAUGCAAAUUUUCAGCCCAGUAUAUUAAUUUACAGUUUACACUUUCCUCUUCUAUAAAAUAAUUUAUUUCUUUAUUCCUAACUCAGCAAAAGACAUCAUGUGGGUUAUCUCAUUAGCAAGUAUAAUAUGUUUUGUGAAUAUAGUUUACUUUAAAAAUGCUGAAUAAUAUUAGAACAAUCAUAAAUCAACAUCUCUUUUUGGUGGUUUUGUGCAUUCUUAUGUUAGAGAAGAUACAGAAUCAAUUUAUUAAGAAAAUGAUCAUGAAUUAAUGGAGGUGUCACAUCAAUUAAUUUGGGCACAAAUAUGAAAAGCCAUUAUUGUUUUAAUCUUACUGAUGCUUCUAGGUAAUGCAGAAAAUGUA